AUGGAGCAAUUGAAUAUCAAUGGCUGGAGCAACUUUCCUGAGGCAAUAAUCUUUGAUUUGGACUUUACUCUAUGGCCUCUAUAUAUGGACUCAUACACCUCUGGCCCACCCUUCAAAAGAAUCGACAACUUUUCGAUUCAGGACUGGUCUGGCGAGAAAGUAUCGCUAUAUCCCGACGUACAUGAUAUCAUACAUGCCAUUCGAGAACACAGGACUGAUACCAAGAUUGGCAUCGCAAGCCGAUCACAUACUGGCGACUGGUGUCGCGCCGCUAUCCAGUUACUACCCAUCCGAAAACCACACCUCCCUGAAACCUCUGAAGACCAUCUUCCUCUCCAUUCAUAUAUCGAUGCACACGAGAUCUACCCAGGCAGCAAGACAACCCACUUCAGAGCCCUAUCAGAGAAACUCGAGGUAGACUUAUCAUCAAUGCUAUUCUUUGACGACGAGCAAAGGAAUAUCACUGAGAUCGGCAAGAUGGGAGUUACCUGUAUACUGGUCAAGAACGGCCUGUGUAUCAAGGAUUUUCAUCGGGGGCUGGCUGAAUAUCAGGCAAAAAAGGCGGCUUCGGGUGUUAUGAGGAAUUGGUUGGCGGCUGGAGGAGGUGGUAGCAGCAGCAACAAACGUGAUAAACGAGCUCGAGAGCGUAAGGGUGAAGCUUAUGAUGAAGAGGAUGGGGCAAGUGGUGGCGUGGUGAGGAAAGUUGCUACAUCAUCUGAAGGGGUUGACUUGGAUUAG